AAACCCCACAAAACACACUUAGACCCCUCCAAACACAUUUAGACCCCACAAAACACACUUAGACCCCUCCAAACACACUUAGACCCCUCCAAACACACUUAGACCCCACCAUGCCUCUCUCAGACACCAGCUACCGUCGCCUCAGCCCCCCGGUCAACAUGUAUGGGGAACAAGACCCCCCAGACACAGUGGCCCCCAACAGAGACUACAGCGGGGACUACCUAGCCCCUUUAGCCUCCGUGGAAGACCUUUCUCGUGUCAACACACGCGGGUCUCCCUCGCCUAGACCCCGCCAGCGACACCCAGCCCUCGAAGACCCCAACUGGGAGCCCCGCGAGGACCCCACCUUAGGUCCCUCCUCCCCCAGAAAUGUUACCCAGGUCACUCUCGAACCGGGGAUUUUGACCCCCUUGCAGGAUUCCGAGCCUUUCACACAGGGGCCGCCCGACAGGUACCGGCUGGUGUUCCUGACCCUGGUUCUACACGGGGUGGGGACGCUGAUGCCUUGGAACAUGUUCAUCACCGCUAAGAACUACUUCGUGGAAUACAAACUGGCCACGGCAGACGAGGACCUCAAUAUAUAUGCCACAAAUUUCCUUCCGUACAUCGGAUACGCCUCGCAGAUCCCGAAUGUAAUCUUCAACUGGCUCAAUAUAUUCAUCCAGAUGGGGGGCAAUUUGACAACCCGUAUUGUGUGGAGCAUCCUAGUGGAGGUGGUGGUGUUUGUGUUGACGGUGGUGCUGGCCAUGGUGGACUCCUCGGAUUGGCCUGGUGUCUUCUUCUGGAUCACCAUUGCUACUGUCGUGGUGCUCAAUGUUGCAAAUGGAAUCUACCAGAACACAGUGUAUGGUAUGGCCGCCAGACUGCCUUUCAGCUACACAGGGGCGGUGGUUCUUGGAUCAAACAUCAGUGGCACCUUCACAGCACUGAUCAACAUUAUGGCGAUAGCAAUGGCACCAAACACUCGGACGUCUGCCAUCUACUACUUCAUCACGGCCCUGUUUGUCCUACUGGCCUGCUUCGACACCUACUUCGCCCUGCCCCUCAAUCGCUUCUUCCGUUACCACGAAGCGAUGCACGAGAGGGCCAUGAAAGCCUCCAAGACUGACCGCAGGAAGCCACGAACUCCUUACUGGCACAUCUUUAAGUCCGCCUUCCCUCAGCUCUUCAAUGUCUUCAUGGUCUUCUUUGUCACCCUGGCGGUCUUCCCUGCAGUCCUCGCUGACACGUGCCGGACUGAAGAGGAUUUCCCCAUCACCCCAAAAUACUUCCAGGCUGUCACGUGUUUCCUUACCUUCAAUGUGUUUGCCAUGCUGGGAAAUAUGCUGCCCGCUCUCUUCACAUGGCCCAGCCCUCGGUUCCUGUGUGUGCCUGUGCUGCUGCGAAUCCUGUUGAUCCCGGCCUUUGUGCUGUGUAACUUCAAACCCAUCAAGGCCGUCAGAAUCAUGCCAGUGCUGAUUGACUCAGACUGGGCAUUCUGGGCACUGUCUGUGGUUCUGGGCUUAACUUCAGGAUAUUACAGCUCUCUUGCCAUGAUGUACUGCCCUAGGACGGUGGAGGCAGAGCACGCCCCGGUGGCCGGCAUGAUGGGGGCCGCUUCACUCAUUACUGGCAUCUUCACCGGCAUUGUGUUCCAGAUUGUGUGCACUUAUGCGGUCACCAAUAUUUCCUUUGAGAUUCCUGGUUACGAGUUUCCCUUUAGUAAUUGUACUAACCGAUAAAUAGACUGACUUGGUGAGGCUGUGGUGACCUGACCUGACCUCCCUGCCCUAGUCUGACCUUAUCUCACACUAUCUCUAUCUCUAUCUCUCUCUUUUUCUCUCUCUAUCUCUCUCUUUCUUUCUAUCUGUCUUUUUAUAGGAUAUCUCUGUUUCUCUCUCUCUCUCUCUCUCUCUC